GGAAUUCCACACUGGCAAGGAAGUGCACAGAAUUCCAUGCAAACCAGUAAGUGGGCUGGUGGAAAAGGGAUGGAUUGUUCUGAUCCUGGUAUAUACCCAGCAAGGAAGCAUAGCCCACUAGCUUCUUAGCUGGCUAGUAAACAAUUUUGCUAGUUGGUAAUUCUUGUUGACAUAUGUCUAAGGCUGUCAUAUUCCCACUUUAAGGGAGGGCUUCACCUAGUGGUCAGCUUCAUUGUUACAGUUCGCCAGUUGCUUCAAAAACACCAAUGAUAGCAUCUACUUGCCUGAGCAGAACAAGCUAUAGCUUUUCUAGGAAUGACUUACAGAACUUUGGGACAAUUUAGAGGUCUUCUCCAUAUUUCUGGAGUGUUUGCAUAAAUCUUUUGCUUUACAGUUUACUGUUUGCCCCAGGGUUGUACCAUGCCCUGGUCAAAACAGAAAUCCUUCCCUGACACUUGAACCAUACAGUGGUUGACCUGCAAAGGUGGGAGGUGAAUUAGACUGUCACCUGAUUUAGGCAAGGAAGGUGCACACUUAUGUAAAUCCCAGGAACAUGGGAUGCAGAAGGAAGACAUGCAAUACUGGCAGCGACCAGAGUUGAGUCCAAAGAUAAACCCGUCUGCAAUAGUCUCUACUGCAUUAAAGCCAUCCCAGAGUACAGAGUUUGAGGAGCAACAGUAGACCGGAAUUUACCAAGAGGACGCUCUCAGCUUUGAUACUGUGAGACAGUAGGCGGUACUUUGCUCAAGUGAGCUGGUAACUACUGGAAACUGGAGAGAGGAGCAAGUUUAAGGACCAAGAACAAUACUACACAAAGUGCAACCGCAUGUAGCUGUUUGUUCCACUGUGCCCAGUUGAGCUCUCCCCCAUAGAAUUGUAGCUCAGAGCCUUUCUGGGAUUCUGACUGCUCAGGGAUCUCUUGCCCUCUUAGAGACACUUCUGGAUAGAUUGCUGCCACUUGAGGCUCAGGUGGCCUCGGUGGCAUGGAGUGCCUUCCAUCAGCUUCAGCUGGUGGCCCAGCUAUGCCUCCAUAAGGAACAGCCUAACUUCUGUUGUCUAUGCUGCUCCGGUAACCUCUAGGCUAAAUUACUGCAAUGCACUACACAUGGGGCUGUCUUUGAAGAUGGUUUGGGAAAUGCAGAUGGUGCAGAAUUCAAUGGCCCAGUUGCUCACUGGCAAGAUGGUCUGAGCACAUCACACCAAUCCUGGCCUGACUGCACUGACUACCAAUUUAGUUUCCGACCCCAAUUCAAAGUGCUGGUUUUGACUUAUAAAGCCUUAUGUAGCUCAGGACCUCAAUGCCUCCAGGACCGCCUCUCCCUAUAUGAAUGAACCCAGACCCUGCAAUUGUCAUCUGAGGAGGUUCUUCAUGUGCCCAAUCUGCAGGAGGUCCGGAGGGCAGCAACACAAAAAUGGGCCUUUUCAGUGGUGGCUCCUUGCUUGUGGAAUGCUCUCCCCUUCAUUGUGUAUCUUUAGGCAGUAGGCAAAAACAUUCCUUUUUUGUCAGACCUAUGGCUUUUUUUGCAUAGGUGAGAUAUUUUAAUUUAGUUUUUUUUAAGAAUAGAAUAUUAAAAAGACUUUUUAAAAAUGCUGGUUUAAUGCAUGUAUGUGUUUGCUCAAAAUACUUUAAGUCACAUUGAGUUGCUGUGGCAAAAAAGCAACUAAUAAAUAAUAUUUAUAAUAUUUAUAAUAAUAAUAACCCCCUUGCAAAGUCCUCAAAGGCUGGCCUGAUGGCAACCCCCAGUAGAUGGGAAACAAAGCUACACCUGUGAUGCCAUGGGUCUGGUGAUCAAGUCCGCAAAAUCUCAGCAUCCUACGGCCCUCAGCCCUUAAUUCUUCUGAAGGCUUUCUCUUUACACUUCUCCUUUCUGGUUUGCUCCCCGAUUGUAAAAAUCUGAUUUGAUGUACUGUUUAUGAAUUACAAUUCCCAUCACGUCCUUUUCUUAUACUGAGUCAUGCCUUCAAUGCAGUUCUUUCAACUGGCCACAGUGUGGCCACACUGGGCUAAGAAAGCACAGCCAACUAACUACAGGGGAUUCAGGACGAGCAGAAGCUUAUAUAUUUUGCUAAAAUGGGUGAUGUCACAGACGGCUUAUAAAUCCAAAACCCACCAGAUCAUCUCUCUCUUCUCAAAAGAGGGAAAUGCUGCAGUGGCUCUGAAAGUUCUACAAUUAAAGCCUGCAGAGCCAAUGAUCUGGGAAGCACCCAGCGGCCCCCUUCCCGCCGGCCGGCUCAGAGCCAGAGCGUCUGGCAGCAGCACACUUACAUUGAUCAUGGCAUUGGACGUGAUGCGGAAGAGGGUGGCGCGCUCGUUGACCUGCUUGAUCUUCUCGUUGCUCUCGGCAGGCAGCUUGAGGGUCUCCAGUUCGCUGAGCGAGCGCUGCAAGGCCGUCCCGUGCUUGGCUAUCAGGUCGUUGCAGGUGCUGAGAUCCUCCACCUUGCUAGAGAGGGUGCGUAGGGUGUUCUGCAGUUCCGUCUUGUCUGUCUGAGACACUGAUUCUUCAUCACCCGACUCAUCUGUAGGGAAAAGGCUGCAGCUUUUAACACCUUCAAGGCAAGGCUCACCCUAGAAGCAGAUGCAUUUCCAGGUCCUCCUUUAUUCUCAGCACUGGCACCUAGCUUCAGGGGACUAAAGGCAGCCUGUUUCCUCUCCCCACCCCCCACCAUUAUGUGAUCCCUUUCCAUAGUCCAGUGAAGAUACUGGCCAAUGUUGGGGCUACAGGUAGCUAACAGGGAAAUCUCUCUUGCCAGUUCAAUGGUUUGUUGAAGCAAAGGACAGGAUUUCUAAUCCCACCCCUCCAUUUUAGCAAGGAACUAAGGUGUAAAUUGUGGUACUACAGAUAUUAUUGAUUUCAGGGUUGGUGGUGUUUUGUUUUUAAAAAUCCUUUUCUGAGUAUAUAGACACAAAGCAGUGGAAUCAAAGCAGAAAUCAAACUUGCAGUGAUAAAAAACAAUAAUCCCAAAGCUAAUUGGGAGCAAUAAAGACAGUAUAAAUAUUCAAAGGGUAAAGAUCAUUGGGAACCUCUGAAAAGUAGCAGCUUUAAGGUCUGAUUUCACUAUCUGUGCUCCUUAAAGCAGAAGUGAGAAAUAUAUUGGCAAAACCAAGUAUCCCACGCCUACUGUAUGCAACACCUCCUAGUUGCAAGCCAUGAGUCUAUUUAUAAGAGUUGUGAUGUUUAAACACAUUUCUCCACACUGCAAGAUCAUGCCAUUUCUCUGGAAAGUCUUACAUUGUUCGGAGCCCAAUCUCUUGUGUAACUUUCCUCCCUCCAACAGUGGGUUUAUAAUGUUAGGAAUGCUCUGGCGAGUGUGUGGGUAUAGGUCUUUCUCUUGCAAUACCAGAACUCAAGGUUACCCUGUGAAACCGAUUGGUGGUAAGUUCAAGACAGGCAAAAGAAAAGCAGCUGUUUCUCUUGAAGUAGUUAACAUAUGGAAUUCAAACACCGUAAGCAACCACUAAAUAAAAAUGGCCCCUUGUUUUUCUUUGAAAAAGAUUGGACAAAAUGAAUUUAGAAUGUGUCUUUUAGGUAUUAUUAGCAAUGAUACUUAAAUGGAACUCGCAUGCUCAGUAGCAAGAUGUUGGAGAUAAACAACAGAAGACCCAUCUCUCUCUCUUUUUUGGGGGGGGGGGUACAUUGGAGGAAGACCAUCACUUUUCAUGCCCUGUUUGUGAACUUUCAGAGGCAUAUGGCAGGCUGCUCUUUAAAUGAGGAACUAGAUGGACUUUUGGUCCAACUCAGCAAGACAGUCCUUACAUUCUAGUGAUUAAAAAACACACACAAAUGGUUGGCUCACUCUUGUGCUUCGUCAUUACCAACAAGUAAUGAGUCCCAAAGUAGAAUGAUAAGGAACUUACAAAAAACUAUCCGAUCGGAUGGGGGAAUGUCUGCUGCAAGCAAUCAAGAGAAAUACUAUUCAACAAUGAGACAUGAAAUCGCUGAGGGGAAGAGUACAUGAGAGCACAGUAUCUAGAAGGCAACAUUUUGAGUGUCAACAUAGCAGAUAAAUUAGAUAAACACGCAAACAGAGAGAGAGAGAGCAGGUAUUAACAUUUGGGAGUCGGAGUUUCAGUAUCAUGAGCUUGGAAUCUCAUGCUGUAGAUAAUGACGAUGCACACAAAUAAAUGCCUCUCUCUCCCAUUAUUUCUUUAGCUUUAGGUUUAAAAGGGGAUGGGGGACCGGGAUACUGAAAAUUCAACAGAGCUAAGAAGGGCUAAUAUUUGAAACUCUGAUGCCUAAGUCACAACACAAUCUAAUGUUACUGGGCAAAGGACAUUUUGUUUUGAAAACACUGAAGAAAUUCUUUCUGGUAAAGCUGCCAGAUACCUCUUCUUUUUCUUUAGAAUUCUAUGAAAAUAAAACAAAACCCCCAUCAGUAGCUGGUGGCACUUUUUCCACUUCUUUCCCCUUCUACACAGAGCAAAUAUGUCCUACAGAGAAGAGACAAACAUGUUUGAGACACCAGAUGGGGGGACCCAGGAGUCGAGGGACCAAAACUCCUUCAAUUCAAUGCAUGAUUUAUUCAAUACAAAAAUGGACAUUGGGCACUUGCUUUUGACACUUAUUUUACCUAAUCAGAUACAUCAGCUACUGUCAGCUACUGACAGAUGCUUUAGCUCAGGAGCCACCAGAUUAUAAUGUGAGGCUCAGCUGAUUGGGUGAUGUGCAAAGCAGAUUUGGUACUGACUGCUAAAAUGCACUUUUGGUUUGGGAAACAGAAAGCUAACCAUUCUGAAAAGCCUGAUGCUUAAAAAUAUAGCCACAUUUUCCAGAGGCCUCAUGCUAUAAACCACAAUGGCCCCAAGUGGCCUGUUUCCUUGGUAUGUCACACGCACAAGGCAAAGGACACCGAGCAAUUUGUAUGAGUAACAAACGUUUGGUGUUUGGCAGAAAACCUUGCCCCAAGGAGUUGGAGCUCUAAAUAGGAUGGAACAGGACAAACUGGAAGAGAUGCGCCCUCAUGUUAACCCCAUGGCCUAGAAUAGACUAGGAAUUGUUCUCUGCAGGUAUUUUAGCCUAUAUGCGUUUCACAGGUGAGGCUACCUACCAAGGGUAGCCCAAAAUCACAAACAAACAAGCAGGGUAGGAUGAGGAGAACAGAAGACUCAGCUACUUCCUGUUUGCCCCAGUGCUAUUAGCCAACACCAAAUCUGCUCAGAAGAUCUCAUUUCUCCAUUUGUCAUAUUGAUUUUCCUGGGUGUCUCCCUCCACAAUAAGCUCUCUUGAGUUUCUCAGCGCUCACCCACACCCACCUCCUGCUUCAUUUGCACUGCCCUGAACACACCCUUUACCUGAUUCUGCCAGCAUCUUGACAGCUUUGGCCUUGGCCAGCUCUAGAGCUGUGACCCAGCGCUGCCUCUCAACCUCUGAGUUGGCCUUCAGGUGGUAGGUCUGUGCCCCUCCGUUGGAAAUGAUGAAGUUGCAGGAGUCCUCCACUGUGAUGUUAGCCGUGGCCAGGUUGAUGGUUCCACGGCAGGUGUGUCGCAUCUCUGCCUUCGAUCUGCCAGAAGGACAAAGUAGGAGGGCGGUCACCAGGGCAUGAAGAAGCACAAGCUUCAGAGGUCUAAUCUCAAGACGCAGAAUAAUGAGACAAGGGUACCACAUUUGGGAACAGGCAGCAAGUGAGAGUCCUAGGUAUCUGUCAUUUCCAGGGCAAUAGGGAAUGAUGGGUCAACAGCUACAAGGAAUAAACACCACUGUGUUUCCCUGACUGGUAUGUAAACUGUCUGCUGCUAUUCCCACAUGUAGGUAGCUGUCUGAGAAUGUCCACCACAGCAGAUUGCUGAAUGGGAGCCACCUGAUGCCAUGAGAUUCAAAUAAUAAAAAAGGCAGAUGUCUAGUUCUUGAAACAAUGGAAGUCAGCUAGAGGGGAGGGGGCAGAAAUGUGCAGGUGGGAUUUUUUUCAAAAUGAAAAGAUUGAGAACAGGAAGGGGAUUGGCUGGAAACUUAAGUGGACUGCGAUAGUAGCAGAACUUCUUCUGUCUAGUGCAACUACGAAUAAGAAUUCUAUUGCCUUGCAUUUCUGAUCCUUUCAACAUACCUCUAGCUUACAGGCACACCCUAAACUUCAGACAACCACUAGUUAUCCUUUGUGCAGCACUGUUUUGAUUUGCAAACCUUUUGGAUGUGCUUUAGCUCUCUUGACAACCUGGUGAGGCAGCAAUUUCCAGAAGGGCAGCAAAGACAAAUACUCCUUUUGGUGAGGCAGGUGAAUAAUACUUUAUGGAUGGAAAAGAAACUAGCAACUUGGCUAAUGAGUCCAUGACGGAAAUGGAUUAUGGAGACCUUAGUUUGACUCAUUUAGGAGGCUUUUUAGAUAAAAACAAACAUGCAUGAAAACAUGGCUGGAUUAUAUACUACAGGUGAUUGACAUGGGAAGGAUUCAGUCAUAUGAUCUAUGUAUCUAGAUAUCUAGCCUUCCCGCUGCCAUAUUAGUUUUCUUUGUGUAGGACUUAUUGAUGGUCCAUGGAGGAACAUGAAAAUCAAGUGCAGACUGAGGUACUAAAGUCCAGGAACAGUUUUACCAGAGGGCUAUUUGUCCAGAGCUGCCUCCUGCUUUGGACCGUAUUAGCUGGGUUUCCAAGUCCUACCCCGUUUCCCAAAAUUAUGCAGUGGUACCUUGGUUCUCAAACGCCUUGGUACUCAAACAGCUUGGAACCCAGAAGUAAGUGUUCUGGUUUGUGAACUUUUUUCAGAAGUCAACCGUGCUCUGUUUUGAGUGUUACACUUCCAAUUUGAGUGUUACGCUGAGGUCUGUCUGCUUUUGGUAUUUAUUUUGCGGUUUUGCUUCUGCGGCUCUUUUUUGUUUGUUUUUGCGACUGUGUGGAACCCAGUUCAGCUACUGACUGAUUGAUUGUGACUGCAGCACAUUGUUUAUUACUUUCAUUUUAUGGAUCAAUGGUAUUGUUAGAUAGGAAAAUUCAUGUUAAAUUGUUGUUUUAGGGUUUGUUUUCCAAAGUGUGGAAUGGAUUAAUCCAUUUUGCAUUACUUUCUAAGGGAAGCGCGCCUUGGUUUUGGAAUGCUUUAGUUUUGGAACGGACUUCCGAAACGGAUUCAGUUUGAGAACCAAGGUACCACUGUAUAACCAAACUGUCAUCUGUCCAAUGUAUGGCAAUCAGAUACAGUCUGCACAAAGUUGUAGGCAUCCUGUCACUUGCGUUGACUAAUCAUUAAACUGACGUGCUGAAAGUUAGUGAGCAAGUUAUUUACCACUCACUUUCUCAAAUGCUUGGCAAUACUGCACAACCCAAAUAGAAGUUGUUUCCCCACUUUACAAAAUAUGUAAAGCGAUUCCCUGGCUGGGAUGACCCCCUUGAGUGGGGCAGAAGGGAAGGAAAAGUCUCCUCUCUGUUACUGUGAUCACUAGUGGCAGGCAUUUCUAUUAAUAGGGCAAUCUCUUGAACUUUGCAGAGCGUCCUGAUAAUUUCAACAAGCUGGCCGUCCCAGCCACACACGCAAGAGCGGACAGGCCAGAUGGUGGGGGAUUUUACAUUCAAUAUUGGGACUCGGCCAGACUUGUAGGAGUUUGGGGGCGUUAAAGCCAGAACUAGACGCAGACCAAUGCGUCUAAACUCAGAGAAAAUGCUUGAUUCUCAAGAAGCACAUUCACAAGAUAAGGGUGUGCAUGCAUGCGUGCGUGCAUUUGUGCACCACCGUCCUUCCCAAGCUACAAGACUCUUGUCUACAUGCUCAUUAAUGCAAUGCACAUACACAAAUAUAUGAAUAUUUAUAUUAUGGUUUCAUUCACUGAUGAGUGUUUUAGAUAAAGUGUAAUGGUAAUUCCACAACACAGAAAAAUUGUCUGCGAUUCCUUCAAAUGUCCAGAAAUUUGGCAUUUUUACCCUCUCCCUCAAAACACAGGGAGAGAUCUGUCUCAACACCAAACAAUGAAAUGAAAUAUUGGGCUGAAGGAAUUACGGGGAUAGACAGAAUUUGCAGCAGCAUCCAGAAAAACCAAGUUUGAUAUUGGGUCUACAUGUAACCUAUUGAACUUGAGCCACUAUACAAUGGAAAACAGUAAUAUAUCUAUUAUAGAUAUUAUUAUAGGUACAAUUAUUAAAGAUAUCAUUAUCUUUUAUAGAUAUUAUUCAACAGAGCAGAUGCACUGAAAUUCAUUUCAAGGGAUCUACUCAGAGCAAAAGUUAAGUCAAUUACCACCCAGCCGAUUCAUUUGCACAUUUGUAUACAGUAUAUGUGUAUCACAUAUCCUCAAGACACAGGCCUACAGGGAAUUCCAGAGCUUGCCAGGAAGUCUCAUGGAUGGGAGCCCAGUGUGGAUAAGGCAGUUGGAAUGCAAAAGGCCUCCAGACAGCCAGGCCACCAUUCAUUUCAGUCCCCAAUUUUCUCAGCAUUCCCUCUGCCCAAGGCUGCGCUUACAGCUUUCCCAGUUUUGCAGAAAUGACUAAGUAUACAUUCCGCCUACCUUAAGGCUCGCCAAAUCCCUCCCCACUCUCAGCCCAAGACAAGAACAAAGUUCCCUAUGUAUUGACCUGGUACAAGGCAGAGCCAUCUCCUUUCCACUGCAAGGCUGAGUAGCACAUAGGCAACAACAAUGCACACACACAGCCUGCUUGGGGCUGGCACAGAGAAACUGCCAGAAUGCUUCAUCGCAGAGGCCCCGGGUUUACUGCUUCCUCCUAAAGCUUGGGCAGAGGGUAACUUGGCAUUCCUUCCUUCCAGCAGGCUGAGUCCACUGGGGAAAUAUGAGCCUUGCUUGCCAGCUAUUCUUAUCCUCCAGAGUCCAGUUACUUUAUGAAUAAUACAGACCAAACUACGGGAGAGGCGCUAACAAGUCAGCCAUCUCUGCCUGAGUAAGGCAUGGCUCCCUCAAAAUAUAGGCCUUUAAAUUAAAUGUUCGCUGGCUAAAAACCAGGAUGUCUACACAGGGGCAAAUUCCCAAAGAAGUGGCACAGGGUGAUUUUAAUACCUUUGGCUAGAUUUGGUGUGAGGAGAGCAAGGGUCUGCACUAACAAUGCAGGCUUGAUGUCAUUCAAAGAUGAGUAGACAACACACAGAGGGAGGCAUUAAUAAGAAGGGGCUGCAGACAGUCAUCCAUAGUAUCAUAGAAUCAUAGAGUUGGAAGAGACCACAAGGGCCAUCGAGUCCAACCCCCUGCCAAGCAGGAAACACCAUCAGAGCACUCCUGACAAGUGUAUGUUUGUCUGGAGGCAGCAGACCCCGAAUCUCAGCACCAAGAAUCCCAUGGCAUUCCCCUGACAGUAGCCAGUACUCCUGGAUACUGGCUAUUUUAGUCUUCCUUGGAUGUUUGUACAAAACAUUCCUUCCUAUAGGAUCGCUAAAGCCACCCUCCUUGCCACCGUCACAAAAUAUGGAUCAGGAGAUAAGUAGAGCACAACAAAUAGUCCAAGUGAACAUCACUAUUGCAAGUACUUUACCAAAACCUCAUCAGAAGGGACUUAGUGUCUCAUUAGCACAUUCUUAUAGUAGAGGGCAGAUGAGACUCAUAGGAAAAAGACAAAGGUCACCCUACUACCUGUGCCUACAGCACUGCACGGCUGAUGUUGUGAUACAUUCAACCAAUCAGUAAAUAUGUCAUCUAUCCAGGCACGUCAGAGAGAAAUUGUAUGUAAAGUAGGCCAGGAUCUGGUGGGGUAGCAAUAACUCUGGAAAGGGACGUGUCUCUACUACAAAUUUAAAUUGGUUUAACUAUCACAAUUCCUAACCAAGGGUCCUGGAAGUUAUAGUUGUGUCCAGAGGUGCCACCUUCCAAAGUACAUUGAGGGGGCCUGAUGCAACGUCCUGACAUCGCUUGUGCCCAGCUCUGUGUUCAGCCUCAACAAUGGGGGCCUCGGCCCCCUCAAAAAAGCUACAGUUCAAAAUCCUUUGCAGGAAAACGUGAAAGCUAACUCAAAUAUUGCAGAGGUGCCUUGGCUCAAGUGUCCCUGAAGGAGCAUUUCCACCCUCAUCAUUCUGCCCGGACACUGAGGUCCAGCGCCGAGGGCCUUCUGGUGGUUCCCUCACUGCAAGAAGUGCGGUUACAGGGAACCAGGCAGAGGGCCUUCUCGGUAGUGGCGCCCACCCUGUGGAACGCCCUUCCACCAGAUGUCAAGGAAAUAAACAACUAUCUGACUUUUAGAAGACAUCUGAAGGCAGUCUUGUUUAGGGAAGUUUUUAAUGUUUGAUAUUUUAUUGUGUUUUUAAUAUCCUGUUGGAAGCUGCCCAGAGUGGCUGGGGGGGCCUGGCCGGAUGGGCGUAGUAUAUGUAAUAAAUUAUUAUUAUUAUUACUAAGUUAGAGACUAACUCUCUUAUGUUUCUGAGGAGCAUACAAUUCACAACAGAAAGGAAGACAAAACUGGCCAUGUAUUAGAUAUGCAUAAUUUACUGUUUACUAUCAGUCGGAACCCAAAGCAUCACCCUCAUAAUCCUUCUUAAACAUGGAAGUGACAAUAGGUUAUGUAUGGCCCAUUAACACAGGACAACCCAAACCUGGCAAAAGCAUAGGAUAUUAACUGCAACACCUUGAUAUAUGUGUCACACCAUCACAUAUAUAAGCAAAAAGCACCAUCUUUUCUUUUUCACCUACGGGUUUCUAAACCACCCCAUGGAUCUAAUAAGACUAAUAAGACCCCAUUCCAAAGUCUAUAACAUCCAAUUUAAAUGAUCAAGAAUAAGAGCCUCAGUUUGGCUGUACUGAUUUAAAUCAGUAUUGCCAUUUUUAAAUGUAUGCAUUUCCUGAACAAGCAAGUGUACUGAUCUAUUGGGUAGUAACUAAACAGAACCUUUGUACAACAUAGGAUCAACCAAAACCUUUGAUCCCGAAGCCAACAUGCCUUUUGCACUGCAGAAUUAUAUCUGUUCAGAGAGAAAAAAAGAUUUCUGCUUGGCUUUCUCUGUUCACAUGCCAGAUCACUUACCUGAAGACUAAAGGCUGCAAUCUCUAUGUAGAUUUACUUAAGAUUAAAUUCCACUAAACACAAUGGGCACUUACUUCUGAACAGACAUACAGUGGUACCUUGGUUUAAGAACAGUCCGGUUUAAGAACAAUUUGGUUUACAAACUCCGCAAAACCAGAAAUAGUGUCUUGGUUUGAGAACUUUACCUCGGUCUAAGAACGGAAUCCGAACGGUGGAAGGACACUGGUGGCGAGAGGCCUCAUUAGGGAAAGCGCACCUUGGUUUAAGAAUGGUUUUGGUUUAAGAACGGAUUUCAGGAACGGAUUAAGUUCGUAAACCGAGGUACCACUGUACAUAGGUUUGGAUAUUAAUGCUGUAAUCCUACUCAUGCUUAUUUGGAAGCAGGUCCCAUUGAAUCAAGUGAGAUUUCCUUCCAAAUAAACAUGCAUACAGUUGAGCUAUAAUGGUGUCCGGAACUUUCCAGGAGCAAGAGCUGGUACUUAGCGGACAAAAUAGUGUUUCUCCCUGCAUUAGAAAGAAAUAAUAUCCAUGCUGCUUCCUUAGUAAAGCCCUAAACAUCAACAUUUAACUGAACAUGUCACAGGACUCAUGAUGUUGGGAGGGUGCAAAACAGUACAAUCCAACCAGUCAGGGUUCUGAAUAUUUGUGGUGUUAUACAGGAUGACAUUUCCUAGAUCCUCAUGCAUUGGAUAAUUGGUCUCCAGUACCAACAGGAAGACACAGCAGUGUAUCACAUUUACUGCUUGAUCUCUGAUGUUGAAUAAUUUUCUAACAGACCUUGUUUUUGCACAGAAAAGCAAGCUGCAAAUUAGAGGGCUUAAUAGAUGGCCAUGAUGAAGUUUUAGAGAUUAUGUGUAAGCAUUCAAUUGCUUGUUCGUAUGGGCGCCUCUCAACUUACACAGGGGUUACAUUCCGGGAAUAGUGCAUAAAGCCAAAAUCGCAUAUGGUCAAAACACAUUGGGUUCAAUGGUGGGUGGGAUUGCCAAAGUAUUUUUCCCAAAACACCUGCUCUUCUCUGCUAUAUAUACACCAGGCAUGUCCAACAGGUAGAUCGUGAUCUACCGGUAGACCACUGGACGUCUGCAGUAGAUCACUGGCUCCCCCCAAAGAAGCUGAACAACGGUGGCUCCCCUUAAAAAAGCUCAACAUUUUACCUCCUCCCUGAAAAAACUCAACAACUUUAACCUGAAUCUCGAAAAAGGGGGUAGGUCACUGCCAGUUUUUAACUCUGUGAGUAGAUCGUAGUCUCUUGGGAGUUGGCCACCCCUGAUAUAUACAGUCAUACAUUAAAACACGAAGUCUGUUGGAAGUCCGUUCAACUUCCAAAACAUUCAGAAACCAAAGUGUGGCUUCUGAUUGGCUGCAGGAAGCACCUGCAGCCAAUCAAAAGUCAAGGAAUUCGCACCGGACAUUCGGCUUCCAAAAAUAGUUUGCAAACCGGAACAGUCACUUCUGGGUUUGCGGCGUUCAGGAGCCAAAACAUUCGAGAACUAGGAAAACCAAGGUACAACUGUAUAUAUAUGUAUAUAUCAUAUAAACCUGCAUGUACACAAUUUAAAUGUGUGUUCAGUUAAGAUUUUCUUUAAAAUUCAGUUGCUUUUAAAGAGAAACACUAUAAAUUAAAUAUUAAAAAGAAAAAAAUGAUUUGGCAAUAUCUAACAGUAGUCAUAUUUAAGAGAAGACCCAUUGAAAUCUUGGGUCUACUCAAAAUUCAAAGCAGUUGGAUUUUUCUUCUCCAUUUUUAGCUGCUCUGAGCUUCAGGUUUCCAAUUAUGGGCUCUCUGAUGUUCCUCAGCUGCCUGGUCUAAAGGCAUUUAUGACCUACUAUGUGAUACCAGAACAGAUAAGCUAAUGGCAUCCAGAAAAGCCAUAAACCCCAAUGUGUGCAUCAGAGCAGAUCAACCAACAAGAUGUCACUGGUUGAAGAGGACAAUGAAAUAAGCUGCAAGGUCAGAGGACAAGAUUUAUUGGGUGAAUGAGUACACAGUCUAUGAGUGAAUGAGAACACACUUCAGAUGGGCCCUUAGCUAGUUAUGAGUGAAAAACAAGCAUUUUCCUAAACUUGGGCGAAUAAUCUUUCCUGUAACCCACUAGUGAAAAGGGGCUCUUUCUCUGUCAAACUGGUCACCACCAUAUUAGUCUGUUGUAACAUACACAUCAAAGUCUUGUGGCUACUUAAAGACUAAUGGAUUUAUUACAACCUUGCAUUUUGCAGCAAGGACUUCCAUGCAGGUAAGUGAACAGGUUGGUGGAAGAAGGAAAUGUGCUACUCCUUCUUCACUAACCUGCUGCAUUUCAUGCUGGCCACAAACGAAAGGAUUUCUGUCCCUCUUGGUAGAAGGUUGUGUGUGUGUGUGUGUGUGUCUGUGUGUGUUUAUGUAUACACAAACACACUAACCUGCUAAGAUGCUACUAGCCUAUUUUUCCAUGCUGGCCAUGGAGGAGGAGCUUCUAGCCUCUUAGCAGACAUUUAACAGGCUGAUUUAUUAUGGCAGAAGCUUUCAAGGUUGGAGUCCUGAUGCAUCUGACAAAGUGGACUCUGAUCUACGAAACCUUAUGCAACAAUAAAUUUGUUGCUUUUAAGGUGCCACAAGACUCCUUAUUACUAUUUGACCACACUCUUUAUUCCCUUUACUACUGCACCUUCAAGGUCUGUUUCUGAAAAUGCAUACUUUUAGUUCAAAAUGUUAAGUUAACAGAGGCCCCACAAAAAAUGUGCAAGGGGAAAGAUGUUCAAGGAGCCUCAUUCGUACUCCAGACUUAACAGCAAUGCAAAAGAACAUCAGCAGAGAAGAAAAGAUGCAUAUGGCAUAGUAAGGCAACACCUGCUACACAGCUAAUUAUUACAGGACACUGGAGUAGGCUCCACCCACCUGUCAACCUUGACCCACAAGAGGUGGGGAAAAUAACAAUCUGGCUCAUUGGCCAAAUCUAGCUCUCCACCCAUGGAUUAGGGCUGCUAUCCUUGGAUGCAAGUGUCAUUGACUAUAAUGAGAGCAAACAUGCGUAAGAUUGGAAGCCCAGAUUCCAGAAACACUUCUCAUUAUUCCAUAUCUCCAUUCACCCUCCCACUACUUAGAUUUCCCUUCUCUUUAGGAAAUAACACAGCUGACGAGCAAAGCAGGGGCAAAAAUGAGAACCUGAGCUCUCUCCCUAAAAAUCUCAGAGGCAUUCUAUUACGUUAGUUUCAACAUACUUUUGAUUAGCAAGGUAGCUGGAAUAAUAGUUUUUCUCCAGAAGUUCUGUUUGAUAUGCUGCUUGACAAUCCUCCUGUUUUAUGAGUGGAAUACAAUUAGUUGAAGUAAGCACAACAGGUGCAAGCUUGGGCAGUAUGUAUGGAGAUCCUGGGCUGCCCAGACAACAAAACCCUCCUCUUAGCCUCACUGCUGUGGUCCAAAGGUAAGCAGAGCAGUAUGUUUGGCACCAGCUGGGCUGCAAUUGUUUGAAGUGAUUUGUCUAAUUCACAAAUAAAUGUUCAUUUAACAUGCAGAAGUAGCUGGAAUAGGAAUGCACAUACAGUUUGGAAGAAAGUAGGUGAAAACUGCUGGGGCUUUACUAUUCAUCAGUGAUAUGGAGUAACAUUUAUGUGAAAACACAAGGGUGGCGCAGACAUACAACACAGCACUGAAAGCUAUGAAGGGUUGCUUAGAGAGACAGGCAACAUAUGAUGCUAAGUAUUUGUUUCUACAUUUGCAGAAGACUCAUGAAGAAACUGAAUCAUUUGAAGAAAGGUUUUGAAGCACGGAUGGUUUGGGAACUCACAGUUUAAGUAAGUAACUCAAGGUAGGUUUUGUCAUAAGUAAAAGGCCUCAUUGUUUGGUUUCGUUACAUUUGUAACACAGCCUUCCUUUAUGGAGUACAGCAGCCCCCCCCCCAACUCGGCCCUCCAUAUGUUUUUGGGACUACAACUCCCAUCAUCCCUAGUUAACAGGACCAGUGGUCAGGGAAGAUGGGAACUGCAGUCCCAAAACAUAUGAAGGGCCAAGUUUGGGGGUGCCUGGAGUACAGGGUUAUCCUAAUUUUUUUCACAAUGAGGAUGAUUAAGUUGAGAGUUAAGUUACUUGCCCCAGGCUACUUGUUGAGCUCCACAGCCAAGUAGGAAUUUGAACAUAGCUCUCAAUCCUAACAAGGGAAGGAUGCAUAGGGCAAAUACAGUUUAUGUGCAGCUUCUAACCUACUGGGAAGAAUUUCUCUCCUAACCAAGGAAUGUUAGAAGCAGUGAUUUCAGAAAAGCUAUUUCUAUUCCCAGCUUACAUGGCCCCACAGCUAACAUUGCCUGUGAUAGUUACCUCUGCCAAAUCCGCCACACCCAGAACACAGGUCUUUUGGAAAAAUGGCUUGUGACCAUCAUAGAAUUAUAUCAACAGGCCUACAUUUUUUGCAUUUCUUUUUAAGUAUCAAGUACUGUACACCAAAACACAUCACAGAGGAUGUAUCUCUCAGACUGUGUGUUGCCUGUGCCAUUGGUUGCAACAGAGAAUCAAAAAGAUGUGGCCCAGUGAUGCUGCCAAGGAUGUGGAGGAGGAGGAGGAGGGUGUCUUAGAACACAUUUGGCUUUUCUGCUGGCUGGCAUAAAGGGAAGGAGAAAGCCGCAGAAUGUCGCAGGUGUGGAGAAAGGGGAAAUAAUGUGGCUAUCACCACCCUCAUCUUCAUGUCAGAAUGCAGUUACAGUGGUACCUCGGAUUAAGAACCUAAUUUGUUCUGGAGGUCCGUUCUUAACCUUAAGUACCACUUUAGCUAAUGGGGCCUCCUGCUGCUGCUGCCAGAGCACGAUUCUCAUCCUGAAGCAAAGUUCUUAACCCGAGGUACUAUUUCUAGGUUAGUGGAGUCUGUAACCCGAGGUACCACUGUACAUGCCAUGCAUAUCUGAGGUGGGGGUAGGAAUGUAAGGCAGAAUAGCUGAGGGGAGCCUCAGAGGUGUGGAAGCCCCCCUGAUGCUUCUCAAGACGUGGCUAAGCCAUGACACCCUCAUGCCACGUGGCAGGGAAGGGGCUGCUCCACACAGAGGAGGCUGCUGCUGCUGCUCCUGCCACGCAGGCUUGGCCAGGGGGAGGAAUGCCCAACCGGGUGCAGGCCGGCCAAAGGGAAAGAGGGUCACAGGCCUUGGGAGGCGCCCUGGGUGUGACCGGAGCCGGAAAGGGGCGUGGCCGGCCACCCUGGCAGGGCCGGCAGACGGGGCGUGGCCUCACCUGUAGUAGCUCAGGAGCCCGUUGCUCAGCACGAACCAGCGCCGCUGAUACCCUUUGAUGUAAUUGGUCCAUUUGAAAAGCCAGCCUUCGCGGGCUGACCCGGAAGUGGAGCUGGUGGACCCGGAAGCGGAAGUAGAGCUCCCCCCUGGAGUGCCUGUCACCCCCCCUGGGGCCGGUCCCCCAGGGCCCAGGGUGCCUCCUCCGCCGCCAGGCCCGGGAGAGGGUAGCGGGGGCGCUGGGCCGGGCCCACAGGUCGCUCCUGGGACGGAGGCGAUGGGGCCGCCCGCUCCUCCAGGCGUCGUCGCUGGGCCGGGUCCCGCCGCUCGUAACUCCGACAUGGCACCGCGCAGCACCGCCGCCGCCUUCGCGAGCCCCGAACUGCCUCGGCCAACGAGAGACCAGGAACCGCCGGAGGCUGAGCGCCUCCCUCCUUCUUGGCUUCUCCCUCCCCCCCAAACGAUGCGCGUCGCGCCGUCACCCAACCCUCCCCAUUAGCAGCGACGCCCACUCCAGGGGCCGGAGUCCCGCUUGGCACCGCCUCCGCGGCUGCUACUGGUCCAAAUAUGCCCAGGGGGCGUGGCUUGAAGCUGCAUUGGCCGGUGAGGCGGCGUCAUUCGCUUCCCAAUAGGCUUUCUUUCUCGCCGCUCCUAUUGGUCUCUUCUCUUGUCCUUUGCAGGUAAAAACCAGUAAGCAGCUCAUGGAGGGGGGGGCGUUGCAAAGACGCUGUCUCUGACGUCAUCGUGGAACGGGAGCUCUGUUGGUUAGAUGGCGAAUGACAUUUGAGAGCCAACGGUAAUGGGCGCCUGUGAAGACGACGAGCCAGGGCUCCAGACCCAAUGCCAUUUGCACCCUAGCAGCCCAGUCCUGUGCCUGUUUACCAGGACACAGGUCUACCGAGUUCCAGGGACGCGCAUAAGAUUCCAGCCUCACUUAAGGUUCCGGCCCCAAAUUACCUGCCAACUCCGUUUUAAGAACUUAACUUUCAAGCAAAUGUCUUUGGGUCUUAUUCCUCCAAAAAUUGGCUUAGGUAGGAGCUCAAAUAUGUGGCUGCAAAAACCUAUACCUUAUGGGGAUAAUCCUGCCGGCAUUGGGCUAACAGGACCAGCUCCCUUAUGGAUCAGUAGGAAUAAAAUGGUGAGUUUUUGGUAAAGGAAAGUGGGGGGCCCCAAGGAUUUCUUGAGGUUGGUGCUUUUUACACAAUCUAGAGUUAGGGAUAACCACGAUUGCUUAAGACAUCAAAUUAUUCAGGGUGGUGGAACACAGAUUGUGAAGAGUUCCAAACAGAUUGCUCCAAACUCGGUGACUGGGUAUUGAAAUGGCCAGUGUGAUGAACUCUUAAGCUGGCAGUGACAAUUGUUGCGCUUUCUCCUCCUGAACAGAUUGCCAAAACCUUUAGAGAGAAACUGCUGGGUUGCUCCAUCUUUCCAUUUUAUUAUUUGCUUUAAGUUAUUUCAAAUGGUUACCACCUCAAGUGCACACAGAAACGCAACAUAAAUGCAGUAAUAAACAAUUGUUCAAAUGUAUUUUUCUUACGGCCAUUGUUGCCCUACCACUGUUAAUAAAUCUG